AUGACUAAGCUUGUGACCGUAGCCAUGAAGAAGAAUGGCAUUGUCAAGCUCAAGUCCGCCGUUGGGAAGCUGCAGAGAAGCCUCUCCUUAGGUCGGAGGUCUGAUUCUGGUCAAGAUGACUUCGAUUACGACUCGACUCCGGUACCGGAGGAUGUCAAAGAAGGACAUUUUGCAGUUGUGGCGGUUGAUGCUGAGGAGCCGAAACGGUUUGCUGUUCCAUUGAGUUGCUUGACGAAUCCGACGUUUUUGAGACUGUUGGAGGCGGCGGCGGAGGAGUAUGGAUUUGAUCAUGAAGGUGCAGUGACCGUCCCGUGUCGGCCGAGCGAGCUCGAGCAGAUCUUGGCCGAGGAAUAG